GUACAUGUGGUUGGGAAAUUUUGCGAUCGUCGUGAAUCAUUCGCGCAUUGAAGUUGAAUUUGUUUUAAAUAUUUAUAAAUAUGGUUGUUAAUUUCAACAUCACAGAUAUUUUAGCAAGUACUGCUAAAUCUAGUUCUAUAACAUUACCAAGUUACAAAGAGAACCAAAUAAAAAUAAGUUUUGAGUCAGCUGAUGAAAUAAUUACCGAAUAUAAUGGAAAAGAACCAGCUCUUCCUUUUGCUGUUAGUGAAGUAUUUGAAGCAGACAUACAAGAUUGCAGGCGCCUUACAGCUGUAGAUGAUGGUUGCAAAGCUGCUUAUGAAAUCACCUUUGAUAUAACGGGUAGCAAAUUUGCGUUCAGGCCUGGUGAUACAAUAGGCAUUAUAGCGCACAAUGAAAGCCGUGAAGUGGAGGCCAUUAUAGACCAAUUGGACCUAACGUCGCUAGCAGAUGUGCAGUACACUUUGUGUAACAGCUCAAAAGGAGGAAAGAUACCAGUACAUAUACCAGCAAAGUCUACCAUAAGACAUGUCUUGACACACUGCUGUGACAUCAGAAGUGUCUUGAAAAAGCUGUUUCUUUUGGCAUUAUCAAGACAUACAAAAGACAAAAAUGAGAGGAAGAUACUAGAAUACUUGUGUAGUAAAGAAGGAGCCACUGCAUACACAACACACAUUCUAAACAAGCAUUUUUGCAUUCUUGAUCUGUUUGCUACCUUUAAAUCUUGCCAACCUCCUGUUGAAAUCUUAUUAGCAAAUCUCCCUAGGUUGUUGCCUAGGCCAUACUCAAUUGUAAAUAGUGGUUUGAACCCUAAUAUUCUAAAAAUGUGCUUCUCAGUAACUGAAUUAGCACACAAUAGAGUAGGACUUGUAACAAGAUGGUUGGAAAGAAUAAUAAAUAGCAAAAAUAAUAUAGAAGACAAGUUAAAAUCAUUGACUAUUGAUGAUUGUAACAUGAAUACUAAAAUACCUAUUUAUCUCAGAAAAAAUAUGUCUGGGUUUUCACCACCAGAGAAUUUGGAGAUCCCCUUGAUAUUAAUAGGCCCUGGUACAGGAGUAGCACCAUAUCUUGGGUUCCUUGAAGAAAGGCAAGAUUUAAAAGAAAAACAGUCAGGAGUAAAAUUGGGAGAAGUCUGGAUGUUUUUUGGGUGUAGAAACCCUAAAUUAGACUUUAUUUAUGAAAAUGAGUUAAAUGGAUUUUUAGAAAAUAGAAUAAUUAAUGAACUGAUCACAUCAUUUUCAAGAAUAGAAAAUGGAUGCAGCAAUAAAUACAUACAGGAUGGUAUUAUGCAAAAUGGCGAACAAGUAGUAAAAUUAAUAAGCGAGGGUGCUACCAUUUUUGUCUGCGGCGACAUGAAGAAUAUGGCGGUUCAAGUUAGGGAGGCGUUCGUCAAAUGCAUAGUUAAAUAUCAGAAAAAAACCGAACAGGACGCGGAAAAACUUAUUGCAAAUAUGCAAACAGGAAAAAGAUAUUUAGUGGAUGCAUGGAGUUGAAUAAAGUCAAUGUUUAAUGUCAA